AAUUUCCAUUUCGUGAUUUGAGCUGGUGUUGCCAUUUUGCCACGUCUUUAGUGUUAGCCUAUAUAUAUCCUAAAUUUGUUAAAAUGACAAACUGUCAAACAAUUAAGACGUAUUCAGUUAUUCCCUUCCUCUAAUCAAAUCAUGUUUUCUUAUAAAUAUUUUAAAUAACAAUAGCCAUGUUCCUAAAGACGCCAUCGUCCAGGAAAGGACAUCGUUUAGAUGGAAAACAACAGCACAAAUACUGUAGCCUAUAUGGCUGAAUCCAGCUUCAUUACACACUUAGGACACUAGAUGGCGCAGGAUGUCAAGUUGUGAUGAAGGGACAUAAGACACUGAUGAGAAGCCACUGCUGCCUCAACCCGAUUACAGCGCUGUAAUGACACACGGUCAGAACGCUUGGCCCAAGAACGCUCACACCUGGCUAUUCUACGGAAGGCAUCACCUGUGUGCCUCUCUGUGUAUGUGUGUGUGUGUGUGUGUGUGUGAACCUGGACAGGUGCUGCAAAGCCAUUCCACAGAUUCAGCCAUGUCAGAAAGAAUGAAUGGGGUCUUUUAGUUCUUGGUUGGCACAAGGAAGACACAGAUCAUUGCAUCAAUGUAGGACACUGAGGGUCAGGGAACCUGUUGAACAUCUCUGUAACUGUAAGCAACAUUUACCGUUCCAAAGGUGAUACAUCAGACAAAAAAAAUAACUUUAGCACAAUGAGGAUGAUUACAUAGACCAUAUAUCAUCAUUGAGCAUGUAUUUAAGUUCCUGUAUUUAUGCAUGCCUUCUCAAUUCUUUAUCGUUCUUUAAAAGGCUAGUUCACAAAAAAUGAAAUUGAAGAAUGUUUUAGUUGUUUUGUCCCAACGAUAUCUCACGACUAAUUCAUACGUAUUUUACAAGGUGGCUAAUUCGUACAAAUUUGUACGAUUUGUUACUCAAUUUGUAUGACCUCACUCGUAUAAAUUCAUACGAUUUGUCUAAACCCCAGUGACGGGUAGGUUUAGGGGCAGGGUUAGGUGUAGGUCAUUCGUACGAAUUCAUACGAAUUUAGCAACUUGUAAAAAUACGCUUUAGCAAAAAACAUACGAAUUCGUACAAGUGAGAUCGUACAAAUUAGCCACUUCAUAAAAUACUUAAGAAUUGCCGUGAAAUCAAGUAAAGUCAGAGGGGACUAAAAAAAAAACACUGGGACAUUUUUCAAAAUAUUUUCUUUUGUGUUCCACAGAAGAAAGAAAGUCAAACAGAUUUAAAGUGACAUGAGCGUGAGUAAAUUAAGACAUUUUCAUUUUGGGGUAAACUAUCGCUUUAACAUGACUCUGUCCAAGAGAAAACAAGCAACUUAAAAGCACUGUUUCUUCUUUUUUGGUUUUCGGAAUUAAAUUAUACUUAAUUCUUUCCACUUUCCACAACAACUUCUGCAGAUGGUAUAUUAUGUGCUAGGAUGGUCCUGAUAGCCUGUUGUUAAUCCAGUGUUCGGACGUGGACCGACCUGUAACCCAGUUGGCGAGAGCCUCUUUUUACCCUCAAAGUGACAUUGAAUUCUACUCUUUUCUCCGUGUCCCCCAUAAGCAUAUAAAAGCAGCUCACUGAUACUUGGCUAAUCACGCUGUAACUCACAGCCUCUAACUAUCUCUCAGCCAAUCAAUAGCUUCACCAUCCCAAUUAAGGUGGGCCAGGUCAGGGCCAGGCCACAGUCAGUCCUUUACAACUUAAAUGCCAUGUUUAAAUCCAUUGUGUGUAUUACAGUGGGACGAGCAGCCUGACCUUCAAGCUUUUAAUGCCUCGUUUCAAUAGUGCCGGACAUUAAUGCACUGAGAAAGAGCAUGCAGUGGUCAUUUUGUACAAGUCGGUUAAACAGAUCAAAAGGUUUAAACUAUGUGUGCUAAUCAUGGUGCUCAGAAAGCAUUUUUAGCUUAUUUAUAUUUGUGCAUUUGGCAUAUGCUUUUUAUACAAAGCAACUUGUGGUGCAUCCAGGUACACUUUAUUAGUCAUUAUUGAGGUUUCUUAUAAUGGUCAUAUGGUUUAAAGGAUCAUAAUGGAUUGAAAUAAUUUUUCACUCUAUCUGUAAUCUAUGAUAAAUCUGUAAUAAAACUAUCUAUCUAUCUAUAAAUACAUUUGGAGUUUAUGCCCUAAAUUACACACAGUUAACAAAAUCGACAUUUAAUAGUAUUUUUAGUGAUGUCCAAACACAUUGCCGUAUAAGAUCCAACAGGCGUAGCCUAUACAAUCCAAGAGUUAAAGGUUUAGAAUACCUCCUCGCCCAUUUUUCACUGUGUGGUGCUUUUCGAUAUUAUACUCAUGUCUUUUAUCACAAUUUCGACCAGACGAGAGAAACUCACAAGAUAUCAAAACAAAAAUCUAUAUAUAAUACGUGGGCAAUUACAGCGCGAAGUUAGCGGCGUCUGGUCGUUGUCACCGCGCGGCGCGCUUUUCUCAUCUCCCGGGGUCGUUAGACGAUGAUGGAUGUAAACCUAUAAAGUAUCUAAACUGGACCUUUUAACAAACCAUGAGCAAUACUAUCAUUUCUUUAAUAGAACCUGCUGACCGUGUCAUUCCGUCCUGCCAUUCGUCAUUUUCCCUGUGAAAUAAUCAAUAACUCCACGCUCUGAAAUAAAUAAUCUAAAAAGUCAGGGAACAUUAUAUCUUCCCACCAGGCAGAGAGACACAAAGAGCCGAGAUGAAGACUAAUAUGAAAUAUCUACACAUAGCCAACAUGGCACAAGCCCCAAUAAAGGCAUGCACCGAACACUGAUUCUAAUAGUCUAUUGGUUUGUGUGUAGCGUCCAUCAUUCAUGGAUAAAACCAUGUGUUAUCUACACUGAAUGAAUUAGGCCUACCUUUGACCCUCUAAAUCUCAUUAUAGUUAUGUUAAUAAAACAUCUUGUAUUGUUUUUUUUUUUGUUUUUUUGUUUUUUUUCCCCCCAAAGGUAGGCUAUUAAAAAUAAGCCUUGUUUUAAUAACUGACAGCCGAAACAUGUAUUUUGAAGAGGGGAGUUGCCUGAGUAACAUCAUUGACUAAAGCCUGUCUAACACCUGAUGGCGCUAGGGAACGACUUAUUUGAACGUAGAUUUUGAUGAUAAUAAUGCAAUAAAAGUAGGCUACGCAUAUAUACAUGGUCAAAAGACUGUUGCAUGGUAUAUUUUACUUCUUGUUCUAGCGGCAUAAGGUUCUACACUUUAUUUUCUGUGUUAACUAAGCUUCUUAUAAUUAUUCUGUAUAGAGCUAACCGACUCUCUGUCUUUGGAAAAUGUUUUCACAAUCCCAUAAUAUAAUUUUAUUUUUUUCGACACACUAAGACUAAUCACAUUUACAGUAAAUUUAACAUUUAGAAAACCCAUUUUCUGUUUUGUCAUCACUUUAGAAAUGGCAGUGGACCAGCAAAAUAUGGAUGCAGCUUAAUUAGUAGCCUAAUAUCAUAAUCAAAUCAGCAGUUCUGAUUAAGUUGCAACUCCCCUGCUUUUACUCUAAUAUGCUAAUAAUAAUAAUAAUAAUAAUAAUGCUUUUGUUAUCAUAAUCACUGUUUUAUUAUAUCCAGGACUAAAUUACUCUGUCGAUCUAUUGUGAAAGGGCUUAAUUCAUAUUAGUAAUUUUUACAGCAGCGAGCUUGGCUUUUAUUGGUUUGCUAACUUGACUUGCAGUCUGUUUUGCAAGCAUGCAGUAAUUCUUUAUAACCCGUAGAGGACGCUCUCAUCUCGUUCAAUCAGUGACUUAUGGCGUCCAAUUCACUCUUGUUAAUAAUUAUAGAAACAAAAUUAUUAUUAUUAUCAUUGUCGAAAGAAGACACCAACACGAACGGGUUUGAUUAAAUAUGGACAAAGCUGGCAACAUGAUAAUAGGCCACGCACAUAUGUUCAGUGAUUUAUUUAUUAGUUUAUUUUUAUUUAUUUAUUUUUUGUGACAGUGACAAUGUGCUGUUUCCCGAGCAUACUCAGCGUUUAGUGGUCAAAUUUAUCUUUGCUAAGAUUUUUGUGUUUUAUUUUGUGGUUUGUUUGAUUUUAUAGCGUGUUAAACUGUGAAGUAAUAUUUAAUUUUAAGACGAAUGCAAGUUCAUUCGUAACUCUGCACCUUUCGAUGGUGAGUUAAAAUGUAAUAAAUCUAAAGAUUUAACUUAUUAAUUAGUUGCAAUAAAACUUAUGAAAAUAUUUGAGUUUAAAUUAGUCUUGUUCAGAGGAAAGAAAUAUUUCAGCUCAUCUAUCGGGAUAUUUAAAAGACCGUGCAAGGUAGGCUAAAUGGAAAAUAGGCUACGCCUGAUAGCUAUUCGUUAAAAAAUCUGUAAGGGAUUUACCAGUGGAAGCUGCACUCGCAGUGUGCUUUACCUAUAAAAAUAAAACGAAAUAGCUUUCCAUAUUGUUUACAGUAUUAUAUACAAUAGGGUUGCAUAAUACAAUAUUAUACCAAAAUGUUGUAACAUUUUAGAAUAGCUAUUACAAAUGUACCUAAAGCAGCAACUACAAAUUAGACUUGUGUGAAAAAAGAAAAUAAUCCGAAUCUUUUUCUUCAUGGGCCUAUUUAUUAGCGCAUUUCUAUCUCUCUGACCCUAACUGAAGUUUACACCUGUGUCUAUGCCAAAAUAAAUGUAGAAAGUCAGUAUAUAACCUUUUAUAGUGAUGCACUGAUAAAUAAGUCAACUUUAACUUUGCAAUGCUCGUGGCCUAAACCACCUUUUCGCUAUUGCCUUCAUCGGCGCACCGCUUGAGCUAAAUCCUUGUUCCUUUGUGUUAAUGGUCCGUCCUCAUUUGCCACCUAAUUGGACUAUAUAAGACCAAUAACAGGAGAGAACUCUCAGCCCAGCAGCCAACGCGAAGAGUCUGGGAGGCCCCUCCUCUCUCCCGACUCUCCACUUCCCAUCUCUCCCUUCAUCCCAUUUGCUAUUGUACGUGCCCAAUCGCCGUAUACUUUCUGCAUUUAACUCGGGUGACAUUUUUAUUUCAUCAUUAGCAUCUGGCGCCAGACGGACGCGGUGAGCAUCAUUUUCACCAAGGAACUCUCGGAAGAUGAUCAGCAAGAUUAAUAUUGUUUAUCUCGCCCCGCGUUAUUGUCUUUCGUUUUAACGUCAGUGCUGACCGUAAACAACCGCGCUUAAGUUCCAAAUACUGGAAGAGUUUACCAAGGACCUUCAAACUGUUAAAAGAUUUUUUUUUUUUUUUUUUUAAAGAUUUUUUAACAAUUUUCAUAAAUAAUAUUAUAACUACGAAUUUCCAGCCAACAUGCCCGAAACAACCCAGGAUACAUGUGCUUCGGCGAAAGACUCUCCGUUUUUCAUUAAAAAUCUUCUAAAUUCUGACAGUAAGCCGUCCAAGCCUAAGCCUAUGUUGGCUUCAACUAAACCAGGACUUGAUGGCAGCUUCUCGCUCUCUCAGGUUGGGGAAUUAAACUUUCCUCGCUUCGAGUUGCCGACCCAGCGCUUUGCGUUACCGGCUUACCUUGAGCGUGCCUCGGCGUGGUGGUACCCGUACACACUCAGUGCAUCUGCGCAUCUUCACAGAACAGAAGCAGCACAGAAAGCGAGGGACUCCUCACCGAAUGCAGGCACCGACCGAGACUCACCUGAGCUCGUGCUCAAAUCAGACCCGGAUGCCAAAGACGAUGAAGACGACAACAAAAGUGGUGACGAGAUUGUCCUCGAAGAGAGCGACAUCGAAGAUGGUAAAAAAGAAGGCGGCGUGGACGACUGGAAGAAGAACGACGACGGCGCGGACAAGAAACCUUGCCGGAAAAAGAAAACUCGCACGGUGUUUUCGAGGAGUCAGGUGUUCCAGCUGGAGUCCACCUUCGACAUGAAACGCUACCUCAGCAGCUCGGAGCGCGCGGGCCUUGCUGCCUCCCUUCACCUCACAGAGACCCAAGUCAAAAUCUGGUUUCAGAACCGCAGAAACAAAUGGAAACGUCAGCUGGCCGCAGAGCUGGAGGCCGCCAACUUGAGCCACGCAGCAGCUCAAAGGAUUGUGAGAGUACCCAUCCUGUAUCACGAGAACUCGUCCUCUGAGAGCUCCAACACAGCGGGCAACGUGCCCGUGAGCCAGCCGCUGCUCACUUUCCCUCAUCCGGUUUACUACUCGCAUCCUAUCGUCACCUCCGUGCCCCUCCUCAGACCGGUUUGAGAGGACGAGAGAUGCCUUUUUUAUGUAACUUAUGUAACUAAAACAAUUUUACAGAGACUCGAAAAGAGGGAAAGAGAAAAAAAAGGCGGAAAUGAAACCAAGAGACAAAGCUAUUUUUGUUUAGAAAAUAAUUUAAAAAGAAAGAAAAGAAAAUGUACAAAGACGCACUAUCAUGCAUUUGAGCCCUAAAUUUUUGUUUUACAACUCACAAAUAUAUCCAUAAAACUACACAUGAAUAAGGCGAAUGUUUAGAGGCCUAUUUCUGAUGUUGGUUUGAUUGGUGAUGAAUUACAAUGACUACGUUAAUUUGCUUUCAUUGUUAUUAUUAUUAUUAUUAUUAUUAUCAUCUAUGAACAUCACAAAUUAACUUGUUGACACGUCAAAGAAAAGAGUUCAUACACCUGGUUAAGUUUAUUUAUAGCACCGGGGGGGAAAAAAAAUCACACAGUCCUGAACACGAAUGUGCAAUACUACUGUGUAUGAUCCAUAUAUUUAGGCAACAUAUUCUUUUUGAAACUCUUAUUUUAGACAAAUUUUCUUAACCAAACAGUUCUUAGGUUGAGAAGAUAACCGCUGAAAACGAUUUUGUGUCCUUGGUCCCGCGUUCAAUGGACAAUCAUAGGCUAUAUCUGACAGAAAUUACAGUUGAACUGAAGACACGCAAACACGAAUAAUAAAAACUUUUACCUUUAUCUAUAUUAUUUACAGAUGUAUAUGUACAUGUACAGAUAUAACGAACCAAAAUGAGGAAAGGUGUCAUUUGUACAGUAAUAGCUAAGUUUUUUUUUACAUUGUAUUCUGUUGUGAAAUAAACGGAGACUAUUAAAGUCUACAUGUCUUGA